AGUCUGCAAGAAGUCUAUAUGUUGAACGGUCCUAAGUUCUAAGGUCCGGCCGAAGUUAUCUCGUGGACGAUGAGGAGGUAACCAAAGCGUUUGAUAGUAGAAUUUUCUCCCGGUGACGCUGACAUAGUCAAGUACUUAUUCAAUAUGGCACGCAGUGGUUAUUAGUAGUAACCAAAUCCUGUGGAGGCGUGACACUUUUCCUAUUCCGUUGAACAACUUGUACAUUUAAAUGGGUGGACAAAGUAUUACAAUAAUGGACUUUCAUGGACUUUAUACAUUACUUUGUAGUCGGAUAGUCUAAACGUUUGGGAUUGGACAAGCGCACCGAAGCCGAAUGGAAACUAUGUCACCUCAACAGCAGCACGAGAGCCUCAACCGCAGCCAAACACCGCUCGCGGCUGAGACGAAGACCGGCGCACACUACGAGAAUAAGAGGAGGAUGAAGUCUCUGAGCCAUCGAAGACAGUCGGCUCCAUCCCUGGUCAUCAGCAAAGCUCUCACCAGAUCCAAAACGCUCUCCAAGGAGAGCUUCCUGGCCCCGGUGUGUCCAGAGACACUUCCAUUGGUCCAGUCCUUUCUGAGUCCUGACAGGGCGUUUCUCCUGCAUGGCCACGCCCAGUUGAAGGCGGGACUUCAGACGCAGGACCGGCACCUCUUCCUCUUCACUGACCUCCUCAUCGUCGCCAAGUCCAAGUGGCCCACCCACUUUAAGAUGAAGACGCAGGCGUUUGUGUGCGAGAUGUGGACGGCGGGGUGCGUGGAGGAGGUGUGCGAGGCGAGCAGCAACCCAGACAAGAGCUUCGUGAUGGGUUGGCCCACCUACAACUGUGUGGCCAUGUUCAGCUCUUCAGACCAGAAAGAAAGAUGGCUCUCCCUCCUCAAAAGUCGAAUAAAAGAUGAGAAAGAAAAGGAUGAUCCUAAAACCAUCCCACUCAAAGUGCUUGGCAAAGGCAUCAGCAGUUUCUUUCCUUCCAAGACCUUGGCGGUCAGCAACUCGGAUACGACCAAUGAGGUUGUUCGACUUGCUCUACAGCAGUUUGGCAUCGCCGGUUGUGUGAAGGACUAUCAACUGUGGGUGAGCUCCAAGAGAGAAAACGCCCCCUAUCCUCUCAUCGGGCACGAGUUUCCAUUCAGUAUCCUCAUAAGCCACGUACGGGAGCCUCUGUACCUGGCCGGAGGGGGCCGAGAGGCGGCCACGCCUCCAGGCAGACAGAGGGCGCUACACCCUGAGCAGCUGGUGGACAAGCAGUGCCAGUUCAUCCUCAAGCCACGGCGCAUCACCGCCGCACAGCAUCAUGGGAUCGACCCAGGCCAGAAGCCGUUCAAACGCAGGCGGUCUCUCAUAAACUGGGCCUUUUGGCGUGGCUCCACCUCUCAGCUCCAUGACUCAUCCUUCUCUUCUCCCGCCUCCGGCUGCCUGUUUGGCCAACCGCUGAGCGCCGUGUGUCAGAACGAUGCCCUGCCAAAGCCAGUCAUGGACAUGCUGGUGUUCCUGUACCACGAGGGGGCCUUCACGCGGGGGAUAUUCCGCCGCUCGGCGGGGGCCAGGGCCUGCAGGGAGCUCCGGGACACGCUGGACGCCGGCGCCCAGGAGAUCCCGCUCACGCGGGAACACGUGUUCAUCAUCGCCGGCGUGUUCAAGGACUUUCUACGGAACAUUCCGGGCAGUCUGCUCUGCUCAGAUCUGUAUGAACAGUGGAUGGACGUGAUGGAGGAGACCGAGGGGGAGGAGGAGGUGGAGCAGAUAGGGGCUGUCGAGAGUCUGGUUGGUCGACUCCCCAAAGAGCAUGCACUGUUGCUACGGUACGUGGUUGCUGUGCUGCAUGGUAUCCAGGGAAACGCCCAUGACAACCAGAUGAACGCCUUCAACCUGUCGGUGUGCAUUGCUCCCAGCAUGCUUUGGGCUCCAGGACCCAGCAGCCCUGAGAUGGAGGGGGAAGGGGCCAAGAAGGUUUGUGACCUGGUGCGCUUUAUAAUCGAACACUGCCAGGAGCUGUUGGGGGAGGACGUGACCUCACUGUUUGGAGGGCCGCCUGACUGGGGCAGGUUCUGCGAGCAAGGAUCAGACGUGUCAUCCUUCCAGCUGACGGACUCCUCCUACGACAGCCUGGAUAACGAGCUGAACGGGGACAGCAGCGAGUCCCCCGGCCUCCACACCAGGAGGGGCCGCCGCAGAACCAGAGUCCUGCAGAGCAGCCUGGACUCCGUCCUCACCCUCAGCGACAAUGACCUGGACCAGCCCGACACGUGCGCGAGCACCCAACCUGGCAACCCGAACCGCCACCACAACGUUCUCCAGCUGCCCGCUUCGGCCCGACCCAAGAGCAAGAGGCUUCCCUCGGCCGCGGCCCCCUCCUGCCCCAGCCCCCCUGGCUCCGGGAGGGGCCCUUCCGACAGCCCGGACCCCCUCUCCAUGGGGGGUUUGCGGAGGCUGAGACGGUGCUCCGAGCCGGCGAUUAGCUACAAAGGCCUGGUGACGCGCGUGCUGGGAAACAGCGGGCACAUGGGGAGCAUCGAGGCCCUCGGGAGCGAGGAGAACGACGAUGACGGUGAUGAUGAUGAUGAGGAAGAGGAGGAGGGGUAUAAAGAGGGCGUGCGACAGACGCACACACAGACGGUGGGGGUCAGGAGGGGGGCGUGCGAGAGUGCGGGGCCUCGCGGCAGCCAAUCCCUGCUCCACGGGACCAGCUGCUCCAGCCUGUCCUCGCCGCCCACCUCCCCGACUCCCACACGCUCCUCCUUCGACUCCCUGGACAGCCUCCAGUCUCACUGCGGCGACCACCCCGCGCUGAUCUGGCUGCCCAGGUCGGGGGGCUCCAAGGCACCAGGCAAGAGGCCCCCCCCCUCCGCUGUGGCCCCCCUCCCCACCCCCGUCAGCACUUCCUCCGUCCACAUUUCGGGCCCCGUUUCCUCCGCCGCUCCAGCCCCUGCCAAUGAGCCUUGUCCCGAAAGCUCCCCACCGAAAGAGGCCUUUUCCUGGAGUGCCCUAAGGAGCGGUAGGGGGCUCCAUCCCAACACCUGGUUGAAGAAAGCCCGCAGGAUGUCUCUUCAGCAGCAGGACAACGCGGACGCGGAGAAGGAGGAGAGGAAGUCUGGGGGAAGACCGUCUGACAAGACUCUCCCGGGGCAGGAGAGAGGAGGAGGAGGGGUCAGACAGUUGUCUGUUGAUCUCCCCAGGUCCAGCGGGCCCUGGAAGGGAGGAGGGGCGGAGAGAGGAAGGGUUACCCAGGACCGAAGCCCUCCUCCUCCCAGGCAGGAGGCAGAGAGCCCCCCUUCGCACCAUCGCUCCCUGGGACAGAUCCACUACGGCAGGUCCCCUUGUUACCAACCCUCAGACAAACCACUCACAGUGCGCGAGCUGAGAGAAAUACACAGCCAGGCUUGUCUGCAGCACCAGUACGGCCACACAGGAAGUGAUGUCCUCAGAGAGGGCCAGGUGACAGGAAGAGAGGGGGGUGAGUCCAAACGUCUUCCCCAGGAUGUGUUCUUUGGGCAAACCGGGCCCUUUCUCUCCAUGGCCAGACCAAAGUCCCACUCCCUCACCCCACCCAUGGACGGCUAUGAUGGAGGCAGGCUCUUCCAGAGACGGUCCUCCGAGCCUGGGGCAGUGUGUCUAAGCGAGGCCCUGGGCCUUGACCGGGCCUCCACCUUGCACCUGGAGAGGCUCCACAGUGAGGCCAAGCAGGGCCAGACGUCAAAACUAGACCCAGGUCUGAAAGUGUCUGAGGUGGAACCGCUGGGCGGCCAAGCCAGGCGGAGCACGGAAACCCAGUUCUGCCUGUCUCCCUCCGCCACCAAGACGGUGAGGGACUAUUUCUCCUCUCACAGGCGUAGUAACCCCCAGGGCGGCAAGCAGGUGGCGCUGGCUCUUGUCCAGGGGAAGAGGGAAAGGAUGAGGAGGUGCAGUGACCCCAUGUUGGAGCCAGACUUUGACAAGCUGCUAUUUGCCGAGGAGUCCUACGUGUGAUUUAAAUCGACGACCACUUAAACCAUGUCACGCCAACAGGAGGUUUGCCAAAGGCUGAUGGCCAAGCACAUCGACGCGAACGCUCUUGAUGAACAUUUUCGAAAAUCAUCCAUCGCUCGCAAUAGCAACAAGAACAACUUGUUCAACUUGUGCAAGUGCUCGUGUGAAUAUACAUCCCUCCGGCGAUGCUCAGACAGGAGUUUGUUGUAGUGAAUCUGUGUGGGAAAUAGACUAAGCUUUCCCUUUGCCAAUGUAUACGCUGCUUUUUGAAAACGGGACGCUGCAAACCUAAGGCUUUAGAGAACGGGAGCAUAGGUUAUAGAUCACAAGGCUUAUAGAUGCCAGAGAUUAACACCAUUUAUUUUAGUCCUGCUCAAUUCUAAGUACAACAUAUAUUUACUUGGCCAAGUAUGCUUAAAACACUUACUGAAGUAAUGCGUUGACUGGAUUUAAAUUCAUGAAUUUAAAGUCUCCUUCCACUGUGUCCAUAUAUGUUCACAUAUCUUAACAACUAACCCAGGUAAGCUUGUUAGCACUUCAGUAUGUCUUGUGGUAAACAUCAACAACAGAAAAUGUUGACUGCCAAUUAAAUCAAGUGUCUACUUGCAGCAAAAGCUGAAGCUUGCGUUCUCUAUGACAAAAAUGUUUCUAAAGGUUUUUAAGACGCAGGA